AAAAAGGAGAAACAAGUGAGAAAAAAAAAACAAAGAAAAAACUAGUCACCAUAAUUGAGAACAUGGCCAAAUUUUCUUUUGUCCAAACUCUUACCGUCACCAUGGUUUUCUCAGCCCUGGUUCUCUCAGCAAUGGUAAUUAUAGAAGCAAAUGCAACCCAGAAAUGCAUUGAAGUACUAUACCCAUCAGGAUGCACACCUGAGGACUGUCGUCAAAAGUGUUUCCAGAAGCAUAAUGACAUGAGAGGCCAAUGCAUUUCCAAUGUAUCCAAGACGGUCUUUGCUUGUUCUUGUAUUUGGAAUUGUGCACGCUAGCUAAUAUUUAAUUUUGUCCUAAUAAUAGAUUGUUUGAGUCUUGAUUCACACAGUUAAUUUGUUGAGAGAGAUUUCACACAUUCAAUUUAAUUGUAAGUGCGGAUGAAUGGAAUUUAUAUGGCGAUUGUUG